UGCAUUAUUAAUUAUUUCGACAUCAGAUCCUCCUAAAACUAAUAGUAACAUUUACCGUCUUCUCCAAAAACAUAGAGAAAAAAAAUAAUCAAAUUCAUCGGAGAAAGAUGAAAAUUGUUGUUGAAAGUUGAAAAAGAUGCACAGCAAAGUUGUUGUAGGAGUAGAAUUAGUUAGUUCUUCAUCAGGUUUUUGUGGAGUCAAUCACCGUCUUCAUCAUCCAUUCUUGUUCAAGACUCUUUGCUGCACCAACAAUUCAUCUUCUUCUUCGUCGUCGGAGCAUAAGUUCAGAUUUAAUCUUGGGGGUGAUAGGAAGUGGAAGUUCAAAGAUAUUGAUGCCAGUACAGUGCAAGAAUCAGUAAAUCACUGGCUGUCAAAGACACACAACUUUUGGAAUGAAGUCACUUCACCACUGGUAAAAACUGUAAAUGAUAAAAGAACCAGUUUUCAUGAUGAUACGCAAGAUACGGAGGAAGUAUUCAUGGCUGAACAGACUGUCGAUAGCCAAACACCGAAUGGCGAUCUUUCUGUAGCUACCAUUCUUUCGAUUGAUCAAUUUAGCAGGAUGAACGGAUUGACUGGGCAGAAAAUGCAGAAGAUAUUCGAAGCACUUGUUCCUGAAUCUGUUCAUAGUGAUGCUCGCAAUUUGGUUGAGUACUGCAGCUUUAGGUUUCUGUCGAAGGAUACUUCUGUCCUUCAUCCUUGCCUGAAGGAACCUGCAUUCCAGAGACUGAUUUUCGUAACUAUGCUUGCGUGGGAGCAACCAUACAGGAGUAGAGGAGACUCCCGAGUUAAAUUUGCAGAGAAGCACACUCUCCAGCUAAAGAGGAGACUAGUAGGCGAAGAGGCUUUUGUUCGUAUUGCUCCUGCUGUUGCUGGUAUAGCUGAUUGGACAACAGCACACAAUCUUUUCAAAGCUCUUGCUGGUAAUGAUCGAGGCAUCACAUUUUCCUCAUGGUCCACAUACAUAUGUGAACUUCUCAAAGUGCAUGAAGGAAGGAAGUCGUACCAGUUUCAAGAUCUCUCCCAGCUCCAUAAUGAGAGAAUCUUGUGCAUUGCUUCUGGUGGAAAACACCCUGUUCUUAAAUGGGAGAAUAAUAUGGCAUGGCCAGGAAAACUUAUUUUGACUGAUAGGGCCCUUUACUUUGAGGCAGUUGGUUUGACAGGGAAAAGAAAAAUAUCAAGAUUGGAUCUUACAGGAGAAGGUUCACACAUAAAGAGAACAAGAGUUGGGCCUCUGGGCUUUGACUUUUUAGAUUCUGCUGUAUCUGUCACUUCAGGGCCUCAGUCGGAUACAUGGGUAUUAGAAUUUGUCGACUUUGGAGGAGAAAUGAGACGGGAUGUGUGGUAUGCAUGCAUCAGUGAAGUAAUUGCUUUAUACAAGUUCAUACGAGAAUUUGGUCCCGAGGAAGGUGAUCCAUCCGCAUACAAUGUCUAUGGUUCCCAGAAAGGGAAGGCACGAGCAAUUUCGUAUGCCACCAAUGCUGUUAAGAGACUUCAGGCUCUUCAAUAUGCUCGAAAGCUCUUGGAGGAGCCAACUAAAUUGGUUCAGUUCUCAUAUUUGUACAAUGCACCUUAUGGUGACGUCGUUUUACAAACUCUAGCAGUUAAUUGUUGGGGUGGACCAUUGAUUGCAAAAAUAACUGAUCAAGAUUAUCAAUCAGGGGGAUCACCUGGAUCCACAAAUGAUACAACAGAAAGUAGUAGUUAUGUGUUUGACAUAGAUGGAAGUGUGUACCUGCAGAAGUGGAUGAAGUCUCCAUCAUGGGCUUCUAGUGCUUCACUUGCUUUCUGGAAGAACCCCCGAUCGAAACGGGGAAUAGUUUUCAGUAAAAAUCUUGUUGUCGCUGAUAUAAAUUUGAUGGAAAAAGCAGCAUUGAUAUGUAGAGAUAAAUAUCAAGUAGUAGAGAAAACGCAAGCCACAAUUGACGCAGCAAUGAUUGAAGGGAUACCUAGUAACAUUGACCUUUUUAAGGAACUUGUGUUUCCUUUAACAGUUGUGGUAAAAAACUUUGAGAAACUUAGGCAUUGGGAGGAUCCCCUAUUAACUGCCUCUUCUCUUGCACUCGUAUAUACGAUUAUAUUCAGGAAUAUGCUAUCUUAUAUAUUACCAUCAAUGUUGAUGGGCUUGGCUGCUGGUAUGUUAUUACUUAAGGGGCUCAAGGAACAAGGCCGCCUUGGAAGAUAUUUUGGAAAAGUAACCAUACGUGAUCAACCACCAUCAAAUACUCUACAGAAAAUUAUUGCAGUUAAAGAGGCUUUGCGUGAAGUUGAGAAGUAUAUGCAGAGCUUGAAUGUGUCGCUGCUCAAGAUUCGAGCAAUUAUUCUUGCUGGUCAACCUCAGAUUACGAUGGAAGUCGCUCUGGCUCUACUAUUUGGUGCAACUAUUCUCUUAAUUGUUCCAUUCAAGUACAUAGCUGCUUUCCUGAUUUCUGAUGCAUUCACCCGAGAACUCGCGUUUCGAAGGCAAAUGGUUUUGAGAUUCAUGAGCUUUCUUAAGGAGCGAUGGGAAACAGUGCCUGCCACCCCAGUUGUUGUACUACCAUUCGAGGAAGAUGAGUCCGAUGCACCAAACCAAAGAAAGUUGUCCAGCAAUGACGUAGUAAAACCAGAGAAACAGUUAAAGCAGUAGGUUAUUGUAAAUCUUCUUUUAGGUAACUUUCUUUUCUUUUUUUCCUUUUUUCUUUAUAGUAGGUGGUUACAGCUGGUGUGACGGUUCUAAGAUUGAAGCAGAAACUGUUUUUUGCCCUUAAAAACAGUAUCAUUUGGGUGGGAUUUCGUAGUUUAGCCUCCUUGGAACAUGCAUGAUAUAAAUGUGAUUGAUUUUAUAUGAUAAAUAUUA